GGAAGUAGGGUUUUAAUCCAACAAGGUAUUAUUGUUGAGCAAGCUGCCAUGGACGAACAAGAGAAGAACAAGGAAGAAAUCGAGAGAACAACAAGUAAUGAUCAACAAGACCCGAUUCCGGUCGAUCUAAUCUUGGUGAUACUCUCAAGACUUCCUGUAAAAUCAAUUGUGAGGUUUCUGUGUGUGUCGAAAAUCUGGUCUUCCAUCACUACACAGUCUACACUUCCAAGUUUUAUCAACUCAUUCUCGAGUCGGCCACGGCGCCUUCUCCUAACCUUCUUAAAAAAGAAAAAGCGAUUCGUUUUCUCCUUUCCUCAAAACCAGAAUCAUGACCGGUCUUAUUAUCCGGUGUACAGUUAUCAGGUGACAAACACAAACUACUCUUGGAGCUGUAAUACUUCAUCUGAAUCCGUCCAGGGCUUGAUUGUAUUAAAAGGAUCCAUAGUUUGGAACCCAACUAUAAACAAGUUUUUACCCUUGCCAAAGCCCAAUAGAAAACUCCGGGGAAACGGAUGGUCCUUUUUAGGAUACGAUCCAUUGGAAGGUAAACACAAAGUUCUGCGCUUAUAUUCAAAACAGCAUGGGGUUCUUACAUUAGGUGCUCAAGAAUCAUGGAGAAUAUUUUCCCAAGAUCUCCCUUCUCAUUUUUGUGCGGGAUAUUUUGGUUGCGUUAAUGGAAUUCUCUAUUAUAAAGCUUUUUUUGGUGUUGGUGGUGAAUGUUGUCUAAUGAGCUUUGACGUAAGAUCUGAAAAGUUCAAUCCUAUAAACUUUCCCGAGGGCUCUUCACAUUUUUAUAUGAUAGUACCUUAUGAGGGAAGGUUGGCCUUAGUUUAUACUACAUAUCUCCCUAAUAUAUAUGUGGGGCUAUGGAUUUUGGAAGAUGCAGAUGGACACGAAUGGACGUAUAAAAGCUUUAGUGUACCUCCUUCUACGAGAGGAUGGAACAAUUCUAACCUAGAGUUAAAGGGUGUUACUGAUGCUGAUGCCGUUAUGGAAUUGGUAACUACGACAGUUUACACAGCCAAACAUUCAACAUAGAUGUUUUCCCAAAUCACAUUGAGACUUUCGUGUCUUUGAAAAGUUAGCGGCUUCAUCGCUCAAAUUCUCUUCGUCAAUGCUUUUUUUUUCUUUCUUUGUUUUCCCGUUCAAGUGACACUUCAAAUUUAUGAAACUUGUCUUUAUGUC